AUGUUGCGAGGAAGAAUUCCUGUCUUGAGAAGACUAUACUCACAAGCAGUCGGUAAUGGGGAGAACUUUCAGUUAUCUAAAUUGAAAAACGGCCUGAAAGUGGCUACCAGCAAUGUUCCGGGCCAUUUUUCGGCACUAGGUGUGUACGUAGGAGCUGGAUCCCGCUACGAAACGCAACAUAUGAAGGGAUGCACCCACAUAAUGGACCGCUUGGCCUUCAAGUCUACCGACCACAUGUCUGGCCGGGAUAUGGCAGAGACUCUGGAGCUGCUCGGUGGUAAUUACCAAUGUUCCAGCUCCCGUGAGACUAUGAUGUACCAAGCCUCUGUCUUCAACCGGGAUGUGGAGAAAAUGUUUGCACUUAUGGCAGAAACAGUUCGGUUUCCAAACAUUACUCCAGAAGAGCUCGAAGAGCAGAAAAUGACGGCGGAGUACGAAAUUGACGAAGUCUGGAACAAGCCUGAUUUGAUCCUUCCCGAACUUCUCCAUGUCACCGCAUACUCGGGGGACACUUUGGGAUCGCCUUUGCUCUGUCCAAAGGAGUUAAUUCCAUCUAUUUCCACUUAUUACCUCAAAGACUACAGGCGCAAGCUGUACACGCCAGAUAAUAUCGUUGCAGCUUUUGUAGGAGUACCCCAUGAACAGGCUGUGGACUACGCCAGCAAACAUUUUGGCGACAUGCUCUCAACUUCCCAAUCUGUCACACGCGACGUCAAGCCUGCUCACUAUACGGGUGGUGAAUUGUGCAUACCACCUGGUCCCAUUUUUGGUAACUUGCCCGAGCUAUACCACAUACAGAUUGGAUUUGAGGGUUUACCCAUAGGCCACCCCGAUAUUUACGCAUUGGCUACUCUUCAAACCUUACUUGGUGGAGGAGGUUCUUUCAGCGCUGGAGGCCCUGGAAAGGGAAUGUAUUCGCGUCUCUACACACACGUUUUAAAUCAACACUUUUUCGUCGAGAACUGUGUGGCAUUUAACCACUCAUACUCUGAUUCAGGCAUAUUUGGUAUUUCAGCUUCAUGUGUUCCAGAAGCAGCUCCAUAUAUGGCUGAGCUGAUUUCUCAACAGUUGGCAAACACAUUCACGUCUGAUAAAUUGAAACUAACGGAAGAAGAAGUCUCAAGGGCUAAAAAUCAACUCAAAUCUUCACUGUUGAUGAAUCUCGAGUCCAAACUGGUGGAAUUAGAGGAUUUGGGCAGACAAGUUCAAUUGCAUGAGCGUAAAAUCCCAAUUAAAGAAAUGAUUGCUAGCAUAGAAAAAGUUACUGUUGAUGAUAUCAGAAGAACGGCAGAGAUGGUGUUCACCGGUAAAGUUCGUAAUAAGGGCCAGGGGACUGGUAAGGCAACUGUGGUAAUGCAGGGCCAGAGGGAAAAGUUUGGUGAUGUUGAAACAGUUUUGAGGUUUUAUGGUCUGGGCAAUUAUGAAAAGCUGGAUAUCUCUGCUUUUAAGAAGACUAAAAGAGGCCGUUGGUUCUAA